CUUGCCCAUAUCUCCAUCAUUCUCAUCAUAACAUUCAAGAUUUCUCUCUUUUUUCUCUCAUUCUUCUUCUUCUAAAAAAAUCUUAACAGUACCUUUUUGUUUUCUUCCACUAUAACUAUGAGAGCUAAUGCUAUUGCAGAAAAACAGUGAAAGAAAGAGAUGAGAAAGAGAGAGAGAGAGAGGGAUCAUGCUGAUAAGAAGUUAGGCAAAACCAACUUUCUAUUUAUGUAUAAUUAGGUCGAUCACAUCACCAAUUUAACCCUUUUCCACCUCUAAAUCUCCUUCACUUCUCCUUCUCUCCUUCCAAAAUUAGGGUUUGUUGCUUCUCUCUUUUAUUUAUCAAUUUUCAAAGACAUCCAAUCUGGAUUCAAGCCAAGAACCCAAUCUUAGCCACACAAUUAAAAGAUCUGACUUCUAAAAGAUGAUGACCACCUUGUCACUUGGAAGAGAAGGAGAAGAAGACAAAGAUGCAGAAGCAAAGAAGCCCAUAGAAGAAGUUGAGAGAGAGCACAUGUUUGACAAAGUGGUGACUCCAAGCGACGUAGGGAAACUAAACAGGCUCGUGAUCCCAAAGCAACACGCAGAGAGAUACUUCCCUCUAGAUUCAUCCUCAAACGAGAAAGGUUUGCUUCUAAACUUCGAAGAUCUCACAGGAAAGUCAUGGAGGUUCCGUUACUCUUACUGGAACAGUAGCCAGAGCUAUGUCAUGACCAAAGGUUGGAGCCGUUUCGUUAAAGACAAGAAACUCGACGCCGGAGAUAUUGUGUCUUUCCAGAGAUGUGUCGGAGACAGCCGCUUGUGUAUCGAUUGGAGGAGACGACCUAAAGUCCCUGACUAUCCGACAUCGACUGCUCACUUUGCUGCAGGAGCUAUGUUCCCUAGGUUUUACAGUUUUCCGACAGCAACUACUUCGACAUGUUACAAUCUUUACAAUCAUCAGCAGCCACGUCAUCAUCACAUUGGUUACGGUUAUCCACUGAUUCCGAGAGAAUUUGGAUAUGGAUAUUUCGUUAGGUCAGUAGACCAGAGAGCGGUGGUGGCUGAUCCGCUAGUGAUCGAAUCUGUGCCGGUGAUGAUGCACGGAGGAGCUCGAGUUAGUCAGGAGGUUGUUGGAACGGCCGGGAAGAGGAUGAGGCUUUUUGGAGUUGAUAUGGAAUGUGGCGAGAGUGGAGUAACCAACAGUACCGAGGAAGAGUCUUCAUCUUCCGGUGGGAGUUUGCCGCGUGCCGGAGGUGGCGGUGCUUCUUCUUCUUCCUCUUUGUUUCAGCUGAGACUUGGAAGCAGCAGUGAAGAUGAUCACUUCUCUAAGAAAGGAAAGUCUUCAUUGCCUUUUAAUUUGGAUCAAUAAUGAUGAUGAGAUUAGUUGGUACUAUAAACUUAAACCACACAUAAUAAUAUAUAUGACAACAUAAUGCAUUGGUUUUAUUAUAAAUUUAUAGCGAAAUGA